UGAUAUUUUGACCUGAAUACGUGGAUCCUAGUGCCACUCAUCUUCCAUCGACUGCUCCCAAAUUUCAUUUUGCACCUUCUUGCUCCCAAAUCCACAGAGUCAACUCUAUUAUCCUACCAUGGCUGCUCUCACAAUUCCUCCGGCCAAUUCUCAGUGCUGUUCUAGCAAGAAUCCAGUGUUCUCACCGACCAAAGGACUAAUGGCGAAAUCGGCCAGAUUUGAAACGGCGGUACCUGAAAAGGGGAUGAAGGUGACAUGUCAGGCUGCAGCAAGCAUUGGCGCCGACGGUGUUUCUGUUAUGGAGAGGAGGAAGCUUAUGAGCUUGUUGCUAUUCGGCGCCAUUGGUCUACCCGCCGCCGGCAUGUUAGCACCUUAUACCACACGACCUAGUUCAGCGACUUGGGAAGGUGGUAUCAACGCUAGGGACGAGAUUGGAAACAAUAUUAUUGCAUCAGAAUGGCUAAACACCCAUGCACCUGGUGACAAAACCCUUACUCAAGGCUUAAAGGGAGAUCCAACCUACCUUAUUGUGGAGAAGAACAAAAGUAUAGCAACAUACGGGAUAAAUGCAGUAUGCACUCAUUUAGGUUGCAUAGUACCAUGGAACACAGUAGAAAAGAAAUUUAUGUGCCCAUGCCAUGGUUCACAAUAUGAUAAUUAUGGAAAACUUAUUAAAGGUCCUGCUCCUAUGUCUUUGGAACUGGCUCGUGUAGAAAUAGAUGAUGACAAAGUGGUGUUUGUUCGGUGGACAGAAACCGAUUUUAGAACAGGUGAUGAUGAUGAUGAUGCUCCAUGGUGGUCUUAAAAAGUAAAUUAAAGGUGUAUUAGUUGUAAAUUAUUUUAUUUGUUGAAAUUUUAAUUGUAUAAUUAUUUUUAAGAUCUUAGAUAUUUAUUAAAAAAAUAAAACACUAGGCCCUUUUCAGGUGUGACAAAGAUAGUUAAUCUCAUAUUUCAUAUAACUUGCUAAA